AGUAACAUCUUCUCCAAGAAGAGGACAUUCUUCCUCUGGGCAAGUUUGGUGAAUGGAAGAACUAUCUCAUGUUUCCCUGAAAAAGUGUGUUACUUUAGUGUAACUCAUUAAGAGGAACAGCAGACAGUCAAGGUUAGACUCUACAAUAAAGCUUCUAUGAUGUUAUAAGAAGUAGUUUGGGGUUCUUUGAUAUCGACGCAGUGCUUAUGUAUGAAAAUCUUUAAAAAUAGUAUUGAGUUCUAGGGCCAAUAGCCAUUUAAAAAAAUAAACUGAAAAAUAUUUUGUUUAACAAGAUCUUACUCUACAGCCCAGGCUAGCCUCAUCCUUGUAGUGAUUCUCCUGCCUUACAGUGAGCCACCAUGCCCAGCUAAAAUCUUAAUACUUUGGCUUAUGUCAUGGCUUAUGUGACAUAUCUCAUUUCCCAUGGUUCCCUCCCUCUAGAAAUAAGAUCUUUGUAAUUCAAGCUAAUCUAGAACUCAUUGGGUACCCCAAGUUGGCCUUCAGCUGACAGUCCCCCUGCCUUGACCUCAAAAAUGCUAAGGAUAUGGGUUUGAGUCACCACAUCAGGCUCCUUUUCAUUGCUGGUAAUGAGAAAGCAGAGGUAAAGAGAUUCUGGGAUUCUGGGCACUGCUGAUCUUUGCUGACACAAAAAACAGUGAUGGGUAGAAAUCACAAACACUGUACAUAGACCAGCAGGUGAGAAGGUGGAGAUGGGAGAAUACCAAGAAGGGACUACAUCUAGACGGAUGCCUUACUGGGAGCUAAUGUCAGGAAACAAAGUAACCCUCCAACUAACAAACACUUUUCUUUUUCUCUCUCCCUGCCUCCAAGUUAUAAUGGCAGAGACAAGUCUGUUAGAGGCUGGAGCCUCUGCAGCUUCCACAGCUGCUGCUCUGGAGAACCUGCAGGUGGAGGCAAGCUGUUCUGUGUGCCUGGAGUAUCUGAAGGAGCCAGUUAUCAUUGAAUGUGGGCACAACUUCUGCAAAGCGUGCAUUACCCGCUGGUGGGAGGACCUAGAGCGAGACUUCCCUUGCCCCGUCUGUCGGAAGACAUCCCGAUACCGGAGUCUCCGGCCUAACCGACAGCUAGGCAGUAUGGUGGAAAUUGCCAAGCAGCUCCAGACCGUCAAGCGGAAGAUCAGAGAUGAAAGCCUCUGCUCCCAGCACCAUGAACCCCUUAGCCUUUUCUGCUAUGAAGACCAGGAGGCUGUCUGUCUGAUAUGUGCAAUUUCUCAUACCCACCGGCCCCAUACCGUUGUGCCGAUGGAUGAUGCUACACAGGAAUACAAGGAGAAACUUCAGAAGUGCCUGGAGCCCCUGGAACAGAAGCUGCAGGAGAUCACAUGCUGCAAAGCCUCUGAAGAAAAGAAACCAGGAGAGCUCAAGAGACUGGUAGAGAGCCGCCGGCAGCAGAUCUUAAAGGAGUUUGAGGAGCUGCACAGGCGACUGGACGAAGAGCAGCAGACACUGCUUUCACGACUGGAGGAAGAAGAACAGGACAUUCUACAGAGACUUCGAGAAAAUGCUGCUCACCUUGGGGACAGGCGCCGGGACCUUGCCCACUUAGCUGCUGAGGUGGAGGGCAAGUGCUUACAGUCAGGCUUCGAGAUGCUUAAGGAUGUGAAAAGUACCUUAGAAAAAUGUGAGAAGGUGAAGACCAUGGAGGUGACUUCGGUAUCUAUAGAGCUGGAAAAGAACUUCAGCAAUUUCCCCCGGCAGUACUUUGCCCUAAGGAAAAUUCUUAAGCAGCUAAUUGCUCCACUCUGGCUUCUUCCGCCAGCGGAUGUGACCCUGGACCCUGAGACGGCUCAUCCUAACCUCGUCCUGUCAGAGGAUCGGAAAAGUGUCAAGUUUGUGGAGACAAGACUCCGAGACCUCCCUGACACACCGCAGCGUUUCACUUUCUACCCUUGUGUCUUAGCUACUGAAGGAUUCACCUCAGGUCGACACUACUGGGAGGUGGAGGUGGGUGACAAAACCCACUGGGCAGUAGGAGUAUGCCGGGACUCUGUGAGCAGAAAGGGCGAACUGACUCCACUCCCUGAGACUGGCUACUGGCGUGUGCGGCUGUGGAAUGGGGACAAGUAUGCAGCCACCACUACGCCUUUCACCCCUUUGCACAUCAAGGUGAAACCUAAGCGGGUAGGCAUAUUCCUAGACUAUGAGGCUGGAACACUGUCUUUUUACAACGUCACAGACCGUUCACAUAUCUACACCUUCACUGAUACUUUUACUGAAAAACUUUGGCCCCUCUUCUACCCAGGGAUCCGAGCCGGUCGGAAGAAUGCUGCACCUCUUACCAUCAGGCCCCCAACAGAUUGGGAAUGACAAGAGAUGCAGUUUAAUUGGGGUGAGGCAGGGUCAAGAGUGGUGGGCCUUCCUAACUGGCCUGCUGGAAUAUCUUGGUGUCUGCGUGGUUCCAGUCUUGAGCCAUCUUGAGAAACCACCUCGAAUCUGGGAUGGUUUGUGUGAAGGAGUAAAGAUAGGACUGGGCUGCAUGACCGAGCACAGAUGAGUGUCCCUCCUUACUGUAGUAGGAGAGUGGACUCCCAGGGGAUUGUACUCUGAUGUCCUGCAGGUUUCCUACUGCACAAGAACAGGUUGAGAAAGCAAAAGGCUUUCCAGAAACAAAGUUUUUAGGAAAGGGUUUUAACUUGCUUAAAAUUCAGGAAACAGAAACCUUUAAAAGGCUUCUGUGACUCAGCCUUGUUCCUUGUGGGAGCGCAUAGGGAUCUGUAUACCUCUGUGUUGGGAAGAUGAGUGGCAGUUGCUGUCAUGAGUCUGGAAGUUGAAGGGCUUUUCUGGGGUCAGAGAUUGAGCAUUAAAGUUAGAAGGAUCAGGGAAGAGGCUGAAGGAAUGUUUCUAGAAUGAAUGAAGGGAAGGGGGAUUUCUUUGGUCUCUUUUCUUCUUAGGGUAAUGCUAUCAUUACCCAUAGGAUUAGCCAGAGGUUCAGAUUUGGGGAGAAGGAAAGGAUGGGGAGAAAGGAGAAUCCAUGUCCCAAAGGCUUGGGUUAUUCCUGUUUCCUGCAGUUGACUGUCUCUAAAAAGUAGGCUCUUCUUGCUCCCUUCUAAAGGCAAGAUGGAAGCAAUCCUGCAAGACAUACAUCUGCUCUUCCAUUGUUUCUCAAAGCAACUUGGAGAGGAGUCAGAUACUAGAGGCAAGAGAAAGGUAUAGCCAAAGCCUUGGCCUUAAAGAAUGUUACUAAGUAGCUAUUCCCAAGUUGUCCACCUUGUCCCCUGGCUCAAAUAUCUAAGGAAAGAAGGGAAGGCAACAGAGUCUUUCUCACCCCACGAGAACAGGGUAGAAGAGGGUGGUUUGUGUAGCAAAGGGCCAGAAGACAGCUAAGCUUCUAUUUCUAUCCUUCACCCUUUGACAUUCCCCUUUUCAGAGAAUGUAAAUUAUCUUAAUUUUAGGCCAAAAUAAACAACUGAUAGGGUACAUAUUUUGUCACAAAAGGUAACGUGAUGCAUGCCAAACCAAACAACCUGGAUUAUCUGUUGCCUGGGUAAUCUUCACACAAGACUGAGACAAACUGCAUUGAGGGCAUUCAGUUCCUCCUACCACCUCAACAGGACUUUGUCCACUCUCCUCUUACCUUUGUGCCUUGACUGUGGUUCUUUGUGGCAAGAUAAUUUGGUUGGUGAAAAUAUGGAACAAAGGAUCCACUAAUGUGA